CGCAGCUGACACUCCGACGUUAUAAAAGUAUAUGAGUUCGACAUCAUUACCACCCACCUAUAUAUACCAAAUACUACAAAUACAAGCCAAUCCUCUUAUAACAUACCUUUCACUACACUACAACACAACCUACAACCAACCAUGUCAUUCAUCAUCACCGGAGCCAGCGGCUACGUCGGACAAGAACUAGCCGCCGCUCUACUCACCACUCACCCGGAAUCCACCGUAACGCUCACAGACGUCGUGCUCCCCACGGUACCCCCAUCGGCAGCCCAGCACGCCCCGCGCACAAAAUGCAUCACCGCGGACCUCACCUCGCCCGCCGUCGUGGACUCACUCUUCACUGAAUCCCACCGGUUCGACACUGUCUACCUCCUCCACGGAAUCAUGUCCAGUGGCUCCGAAGCCAACUUCGACCUAGGCAUGCGGGUCAACCUCGACGCAACCCGAUACAUCCUCGACCGACUACGCCAAGUCAUGCCCGGCGUGAAAGUCGUCUUCACCUCCAGUCUAGCAGUCUACGGUCUCGCGCCACCGGGAUUCGUCAUCGACGAGACCAACUUCCCCGCAAUCCCUUCCUCGUCGUACGGAUCCCAGAAACUGAUCGUGGAGACGCUUUUGAAUGAUUACUCUCGUCGCGGGUUCUUGGAUGGUCGCGCGGUUCGCCUCCCCACUGUGACGGUUAGAGCAGGGAAGCCCACCCAGGCGGCGAGUAGUUUCGCGAGUGAUAUUAUUCGUGAACCGUUUAAUGGGAGGAAGGCGGUGUUGCCGGUGAGUCAGGAGAUGGAGAUGUGGAUUUGUUCGCCUGCGACGGUGGUGGGGAAUUUGGUGAGGGCGAGGGAGAUUCCGAAGGAGAGGUUUGGGGAUUCGAGAGCGGUCAAUUUGCCUGGGUUGAAGGUUAGUAUUAGGGAAAUGUUGGAGGCGUUGGAGGAGAUUGGGGGGCCGGAGAAACGGGCGUUGGUGGAGGAGAGGUUCGAUCCGGAUGUUGAUCGCAUUGUGCAGACGUGGACGCCGAAUUUCGAUCCGAAAAGGGCGUUGGAGAUGGGGUUUGUGGGGGAUGUGUCGAUGAGGGAGAAUAUUCGGGAGUUUGUGAAGGAAUUGGAGUAGUUGUAUGAUUGUAUAGGUGGUGGUGGUGUGGACAAUGAAACUUGUUGAAUUGG